GCAGCGCACGCAGCUGUCACAGAUGUGCAAAUAUUUUCAGCGCACACUGCGCCUGGCCCUCGGCUUGUGAAGAUUAAUGAUUAGACAGUGACCCCGUUCGAGUGCAGGUUCUUAGACUCUGAUCACAGGGAAAGCAGCCAUAGCAAUGUAAAUAUAUCUGAACACCACGGUGAGCCUUUAGGAAAGGCGGAAACUGGAACUUUGCCGAAACAACCGUGAAGCGCAGGGAUCGCCGCGCUUCUCUACAGCUAAAUAUAGUGCAGCUGUUGUGAUCCGUGGUCAGUUGGGAUCCUAGCAGGACACGCCUCUGCUCUCCAUGGAGUCGCGCGGUGCGUAAAGUUCAACCUGCGGCGGAUCCAAACUUCACCACUUCCUCCGGUUCCACACCAGCUCCCUGUCAUCGCUCAGGUGGACUAAAUGCAGCGAUGACUCGAGACGAAGAUCUCAUCCGGAUCGCCAAAAAGCUGGACAAGAUGGUGUCUAGAAAUAACACGGAGGGUGCCAUGGACCUGCUGAAAGAGCUGCAAAGCUUCAACAUGACCCUCAAACUGCUCCAGGAAACGAGAAUCGGAAUGUCUGUGAACAACAUCAGGAAGCACUGCAUGGACGAAGAGGUCAUCACUUUGGCAAAAGUCCUCAUAAAAGACUGGAAGAGACUCCUGAACGCCGCCGCCGCCGCCGGCCAGUGCCCCUCUGAGAAGGAGUCUGACCUGAAGAAUGGUUUAGACUCCAGCAAACCAGCAGGAACCAGUCCACCCACUGAGACACAGAGUCUGGAUGUGAAACGGAAACACGAUUCAGACAGAAAACCCUCUGACAAAAGCAGGAAGGAGAAACAGAAUGACCGCCGCGUAGACAAAAAGAGGCCCUCGUAUGAACCUGGGGUGGGUGAAAAGCAGCUAAAAGACAUCCAAAGUGAGAAACAUCUCAAAGACGUGAGAGAGGAGAAACAACCGCCUGCAGAGAGUCUGAAAGUGCACGAGCUCCCGGGUGGAAAACACAAACCAGAGCCAACGAAGGACAGGCCGUCGGAAGAUCUGAAAAACAUCAGCAGACAUGUGGAGCCAGCCAGAAAAGAGACUCCCACGGAGAGACACGCAGAAGUGAAGAAGGACAAGAACAGAGAAGAAAUCAGGCAGGAGAAGCGAGAGAGGACAUCAAGGGAAUCUUGGACAGACAGACCACUGGACAAACCUCUGUUUGAAAGGAGAGGAGUGCUGGACAGCAGUGUUCUGUAUCCCACCCGCUUCCCGUCACCUCCCCGUCCGGCUCGGCCGCCGCCCGUUAAACGUCCCGCCCAGGACUCAAAGAGAGACAGGAAGGACAGUAAAGACUCCUCCUCCCACGAUCCUCACCCACACCCCUCUCCGCCGGUGUCCCCGCCAUCGAAGAGCCCUGCAGAAACCAAGAAGGAAAGGUCAGACGUGCACGGUCGUAAAAUCACUCUGAAUGUUGCCGAGUCACAAAAAUUGAAUCCCCAAACUAAUUUUCGCCGCAGGAAAGUUCCAGCGGACCCAAACGCUCCGAUAGCUCCUCUCCCCUUGCACCUCCACGCCCCCUUGCCCAGAAAAGAGCCUCCUGACCCCAACGCUCCUCUUCCUCCUCUCCCUCUUCAUCUUCACCCUCCUCCUCCUCCUCCUCAGAAGCACCCCUCUGUGGAUGGGAAGAGGGACAGAGACAGCAGCAGGAAGUCGGCCGCGGACUCGAAGCCUCCGCCACAGAAAAAGUCAGCUGAUUGUGUAAAGAGAGAAAGGAAAGACUUGGUGGAUAACAAAGUGUCUAAAAAACACUCGGAUGAAUCCAAAAGAGAAAGGAAAGACUCGUCUGACUCUAAGACUCCUCCUCCUAAAAAGCUGACCGUGGAAAUCAAAAAGGAGAAACUCAGGAGGGACUCUUGUGACUCAAAGCCCAGCCAGCCGGUGAGACGCCAUUCCUCGGACUCCAAACCUGACAGACGGGAAUCCACAGAUUCUAAGAAAAGUGGCUCACCAACAGCCAAGAAGCUGGCAGGUGAAAGGAGAGAGUCUUUGGGCUGUAAGGCUCCUCAGCCUGCUCACCAGCAGAGGAAGCUCUCUACUGACGGCGCUGAGAGAAAAGGCAGAAGUGAAGCUCCCAGUACUCCCACCACGCCCACCAGCCCGAUGUCUCCCAGCUUCAGCUCUGCCGGGGGCCCGCUGCCCCCUCACCUGGCCACAGGAGACUCCAUCAGAGACAAGUGCAUCGAGAUGCUGGCAGCUGCUCUGAGAACAGACAAUGACUACAAAGAUUUUGGAACAAACUGUGACAGCAUGGCAGCAGAGAUCGAAGAUCAUAUCUACCAGGAGAAUAAGGCCACCGACAUGAAAUACAAGAACAGGGUUCGGAGUCGCAUCAGCAACCUGAAGGACCCCAAGAACCCGGAACUUCGCAGAAACGUCCUCGCAGGCAGCAUCGAGUUGAGCCGCAUCGCCACCAUGUCCGCCGAGGAGAUGGCCAGCAACGAGCUGAAAAAGCUGAGGAACGUUCUCACCCAGGAGGCCAUCAGGGAGCACCAGAUGGCCAAAACUGGUGGGACCACCACAGACCUGCUGCAAUGCAGCAAGUGCAAGAAGAAGAACUGCACCUACAACCAGGUGCAAACACGAAGUGCUGAUGAGCCAAUGACCACGUUUGUUUUGUGUAACGAGUGCGGUAACCGCUGGAAGUUCUGCUGAUGCCGCUGAGGCGAAGCCACAUUUCUGGAGCAUUUUUUAGCCGUUUAUUUCCUAUGAUUGGAAUUUAAGAGUGCAUGGAUUCCUGCAGCUGAAUAGCGAGGCUGUUGCUGUUUUUACUCCAGCUAUUGUGAUUAAUUAGCAUGUGUUAGUAAUGCGGGUGUGCUAUGUGGACUGGACAACGACUCGGCUUUAAAUCAACUCGGCUGUGGUCCUGAAGCUGUCGUGAUGCCAAAAAUCUGAAAUAAUUUAACCCUCUCAGGCCCGAAAUAAGUUUUGAUAAAAGGACGAACAACUAAGUGCUUCAGGGGUACUUCUGAGGUUAAAAAUGCUCAUGAAACACGUGUGUGGAGUAACCAGGUAGGUAGGUUUUAACGUUGCUAAUCUGCAACGCCGGCCUCCAGAGGGUUGAAAUAUCUGAUUACGAAUGAUCAUUUUGUAAAUAUCUUUGAAUAAUACCACAGAAAUCUCA